AACUUCUUUCCAAUGAGGGGGUUGGGGGUUGCACUUGCCCGGGCUCAGAUGCAUACACUGCUGCCGCGGUUUGUAGAAGGGGGCCAUUAUUUUAUGCAUUCCCUUCGUAGCGCAGUCAAGUGGAAAAAAAUAUUCCUCAACGUUUUAAGCAGUUGAAAUGGGAAGGGACGCAUACGCGUUAUUAUCUUGGAUAAGAGAAAACGUAGCAUGCUAUUCGAAGGAAACCCGUGAAGUAACAUGGAUUAGUCGUAUCAUCAUUUUUUAGAAUAGUUUGAGAAAUUUUGCUAAAUAUCCGCUCUUCAUCGAAUCUUUGGAAAUACCCGAGCAGGGACGUCAACAACGGAGCAGUGGUGUAGUAGUUUCUCUGAAGUUUCAUUGAAAGAGUGGCUGGGGCUAAGCGACGUGGACCAGCGCCUCUAUGUGUUGGAGCAGCUGGAGGAACUGGUGACGCUACAGGACCAGGAGGAGACCCCCACCGGACCCCCUGGAGACACCCAUCUCGAUACCUGCCCCCCCCCCAACAGCGGCAGCACCAUGAGCAGCAGAGCCUAGUCAGAGCGGUGCCGGAGGAGCGCGGUGAGAGCAGCCACACAGUUGGUCUGAAGAGUGGGAGUCAGAAAGGAGAAGAUUUGGGGGAAGAGUGGCAGGAAAUAGCAGUCGAAAUGUUUCGGAAAAAAGCUUCAUCCUCCUUGAGAAUGAGAAGAAUAUCAGAAAGCAAUAGAUGGAACAUUGAUCGCGGGCGCAGCUCAUCUUUCCAUGAGGUGCGUGGUCUUCGGGAAACUGAAAUGAGGCCGGUGGCCGACGAAACGUCCAGCAGCGGCAGCAACAACACCGUCCUGCAGCGACUCCUACAGGAGCAGAUGCGCUAUGGUGAGGGACGCAACUACCAGCUGGCCAUGCAGCAACAGCAGCAACAUCAACAACAACAGCAGCAGCAGCAGAGGCAGCAGCAGGAGGGUGGGGGCUACCCGGGCCAUGGAGGGCCCAAUGAUGAACGGCACGACUCUAUGGUGCCCCACAUCGCCCGGCAGGAGCCUCAGGGACAGGAGCUGCAGGCAGACAGUGGCGUGGAGAAGCUGGGCUCCCGCGGCGGGGGUAGUAGUGGAGGAGGAGGAAUGAGUGGUGGUGGGGGAGGGAGCAGCCAGGGUCCCAACCCUGAGGACUUACCCACCUACGAGGAGGCCAAGGUGCAGUCGCAGUAUUUCCGGGGCCACCCGCACCACCAGCAACAUCAACAUCAACAACACCAACAUCAACAACAGUUGCCUCCGUCAGUGGGCGCUGCGUUUUACGUGACAGCUGCAACCAACAACGGCAAGGUGCGUACGGAGGGGCGUCCAACGGUGCAGCGGCUGAGCACCGGGGGCAAAGUGCAUCAGGACGACGGACUCAAGGACCUGAAGCAGGGUCACGUACGUUCCCUCUCCGAGCGCCUCAUGCAGCUCUCGUUGGCCACCAGCGGGGUGAAGGCCCACGCCCCCAUCACCAGUGCCCCCCUUUCCCCCCAGCUUCCCCCUCCAGGUCCCCCGGGGGAUUACUACAAGCCCUCAGGCCAGCAUCGGGGCCCCCCACCUGACUACCCCUUCAAGAACAUGGGCUCCCCUUCCAAACAGCAGCCGCAGCAUCAGGAGCAAGGAGGGCACUAUUACCAGGAGCAUCGGCCCAGGGACCAGGGCAGGAACGAGGUGCCACAUGUCCGCUACCAGCCUCCACCAGAGUACGGCUCCUUCAGAUCCAAUAAGGAGAGCUCGGUCCACUCCCAGAGAUCUGUCCAUCACCACAGCCCCACCUCCUCUGUCACCUCUGUGGGCUCUCUGUCCCGAGCCCAGUCCUCCACCCUCAAUAGUCUGCUCAGUGCCUCUCACCCAUCCCACACACCCCCCCACCCCCAAGGGGAUCCCUACGCCUCCAUGGGCCCCCGCAGCCCCCAGGGCCCUGGAUCACACCAGGGAGACCUGUACUGCCCUGGGGCCAUUCACCCUCCACUUCAGAGGGGCCACGGCUUCCCACACGACCCAUACGGCUCCACCUCCAGGAUGCACCACCAGCAGCAGCAGCACCACCAAUUUCAACAACAGCAACAGCAACAACAACAGCAGCAGCAACAACAACAGCAGCAGCAACAACAACUCCAGCACCAACAGUACCACUCCCAGUCAUCCCAGGGCCACCCUCCCCAACACUACCCUCACCCCCAGGGGGACCCCUUCACCAUGUUGGCACGCGCCCAGCAGAUGGUGGACAUGCUGUCAGAAGAGAACAGGCUGCUCAAGCAGGAGAUGGUGGUGUGCUCUGAUAAGGUCAACAAGCUGCAGAAGUUGGAGACAGAGAUCACGUUGGUUUCGGAGGCCUACGAAAACCUGGCCAAGUCAUCCACUAAAAGGGAGGCUCUGGAGAAAACCAUGAGGAACAAGCUGGAGCUGGAGGUGCGCAGGCUGCACGACUUCAACAGGGACCUCAGAGAGCGCAUGGAAACUGCCAACAAACAGCUAGCUGCUAAGGAGUGUGAGGGAUCGGAAGACAACCGCAAGACCAUCUCUCAGCUACUCACCCAGAACAAAGAGACGGUGCGUGAGAAGGAGAAGCUGGAGAUAGAGCUGAACGCCCUGCGCUCCACCACGGACGACCAGAGACGACACAUUGAGAUUAGAGACCAGGCUCUCAACAAUGCCCAGGCCAAAGUAGUCAAACUAGAGGAGGAGCUGAAGAAGAAGCAGGUGUAUGUGGAGAAGGUGGAGCGCAUGCAGCAGGCCCUGGCCCAGCUCCAGGCUGCCUGUGAGAAGAGAGAGCAGCUGGAGCACCGCUUACGCACGCGGCUGGAGAGGGAGCUGGAGUCACUGCGCAUGCAGCAGAGACAAGGUGGCUCCCAGAGCAGCAGCAGGGGUCAGGAGUACAGUGCCUCGGCCCUGAUGGAGCACCUGAGGGAGAAAGAGGAGCGAAUCCUGGCUCUGGAGGCAGACAUGACCAAAUGGGAGCAGAAAUACCUGGAGGAGAGCGUUAUGAGGCAGUUUGCCCUGGACGCCGCCGCCUCUGUCGCCACCCAGAGGGACACAUUGUCGUCGGUGAUAAGCCACUCCCCCAGCAGCAGCUAUGAGCAGCAGCUGUCAGUGGAGGCUCGUAUCCAGAAGGAGGAGGAGGAAAUCCUCAUGGCCAACCGCCGCUGUCUAGACAUGGAAAGCAGGAUCAAGAACCUGCACGCCCAGAUCAUAGAGAAGGAUGCCAUGAUCAAGGUGCUCCAUCAGCGUUCCAGGAAGGAUCCCAACAAGGACCGGGACGCCCAGUCCAUCAUGCGUCCCUCCAAGUCCCUGAUGUCCAUCGCCAACACGGGGGGCUCGGGCCUGCUCUCCCACAGCCUUGGCCUCAGCAGCUCACCCAUCACAGAGGAGCGCAAGGACAGCAGCUGGAAGGGCAGCCUGGGAAUUCUGUUGGGUCCAGAGUACCGUACUGACUCUCUGAAGACAGAGUCCAUCUCGUCAUCUCCCUCUCCGGUCCUGCCCCUGACAGGGGGUCACUCUAAGACAGGCAGCAGGGACAGCUGCACUCAGACAGACAAGGGCCAGAGCCAGGGUCAGGAGGCUAGCAGCAAGCCCAGCACCCCAGCCAUGCAGAGCAUGACCCUGCCAAGCCGACUCUCCAGCCCCAGCCCUGUUUACAUACCAGACCGCAUCGCAGAUGUGCCUGUGUUCCAUAGCAGUACCCUGGAAAGGCGCGCCCCUGUGCAGUCCCACCCCCAGACCCCAUCAGCCUCCCAACAGGAGUUGGACAACGACAUGGUGGAGGUCCUCAUCUGAAACUCAACCCCUGACCCCUGAACCGUGGCCUCUAUAGGUCACAGGACAGGACGGGAGGACAAGUGUGUUUGUGCACUAUCGACACACUCACACACAAACACCUUCAUACACACACUUUCAAAAUAGGUGAAGGAUUACUUUUUUUUUCAUAAAAAAAAAUAUAUGUUUGGUGUUUAAAUAGAUGUCUGGUGUUUAACUAGGGUGUGUUAAAAUGCACUAUUUUUCUAGAUGUGUUUUUAAUGAACAAUACCGUGUUUUAAUUAAUACCACGUACAGUUUGAGUCAGGAGGUUUUAGUGUCAUCAGAAUGAUCAAUUAACUCUCUUGUACAGUGUUGCUGGAGGCUAUUGGUUAACAAGCCCCCUUGGACCAAAUUUCUUGGCUACCAUUCAUUGCAUUUAUUGCACUACUUAUUUUUCUGAGUGUGUUUCAAAACGUUGUUUUUUAACAUUUAGUCUGACUUAGGUAUUCUUAUUUAUGUGUGGUAGUACAUUAUUCACCAAUGUUAGAUGUGGCACUUGGGUAAUCAAAGAUAUAUUGUAAACUACAAAACGUUAUUUUAACCUGUAAAUACUGUAUUUAGAUACUGUGUGUAUGGCAUGUGUAUCAUUUAACUGAACCCGAAUGGAAUAGGUUUUUAGAAGCCAUUCGGUUACAUGGCACUGCCAGCCAAGGACCACAAUGCACUGUUUAAAGUAUUGGGGGCCCAGCCUCACAUGUCACAGUGGAGAACAUAGGGGAGCGAGAAUCACACCUUUCUACUGUGGUCCAAUGUGCUGCAUGUGUGACCCCACUGGAUGGGUUCAGUCUCUUUGAAGUACAGUAGAAGAGGUUUGGUGUUCACCAAUGUGCCUAUGCUUCAGUUAUAAGGUUCUCCACCAUACCUGUUAAGUGUAAUUCAUUCCAGUCUGGCUGGGUUUGGUUAGGUUCUUCCGCCCAAACUUGCUUCAAAUUAUUUUAGGCCUAAAAUAGUCAGUUGGGAUUUGAACUUCUAGUUUAUGCAACGAACAGACAUUCUGGUAAUUACCUGUCCUUCUAAUUUACAAUCUUGAUUGGCAUUGUUUAUAUACAGUGCAUUUGAAAGUAUUCAGUAUUCAAAAAAAUGUACGUUACAGCCUUAUUCUAAAAUGGAUUAAAUUGUUUUUUUUCCCCUCACCAAUUUACACAAUACUGCUUAAUGACAAAGUAAAAACAGGUUUUUAGAGAUUUUCGCAAAAAUAUACAUUAUAUUACAGUAUUCAGACCAUUUACUCAGUACUUUGUUGAAGCACCUUUGGCAGCGAUUACAGCCUCGAGUUGUCUUGGGUAUGACGCUACAAGCUUGGCACACCUAUAUUUGAGGAGUUUCUCCCAUUCUUCUCUGCAGAUCCUCUCAAGCUCUGUCAGGUUGGAUGGGGAGCGUCGCUGCACAGCUAUUUUCAGGUCUCUCUGAUCGGGUUCAAGUCCGGGCUCUGGCUGGGCCACUCAAGGACAUUCAGAGACUUGUCCCGAAGCCACUCCUGCAUUGUCUUGGCUGUGUGCUUAGGGUCGUUGUUCUGCUGAAAGGUAAACCUUCGCCCCAGUCUUAGGUCCUGAGAGCUCUGGAGCAGGUUUUCAUUAAGGAUCUCUCUGUACUUUGAUCCGAUCCUGACUAGUCUCACAGUCCCUGCCGCUGAAAAACUUCCCCACAGCAUGAUGCUGCCACCACCAUGCUUCACCGUAGGGAUGGUGCCAGGUUUCCUCCAGACGUGACGCUUGGCAUUCAGGCCAAAGAGUUCGAUCUUGGUUUCAUCAGACCAGAGAAUCUUGUUUCUCAUAGUCUGAGAGUCCUUUAGGUGCCUUUUGGCAAAAUUCAAGCAGGCUGUCAUGUGCCUUUUACUGAAGAGUGGCUUCCGUCUGGCCACGCUACCGUAAAGGCCUGAAUGGUAGUGCUGCAGAGAUGGUUGUCCUUUUGGAAGGUUCUCCCAUCUCCAUUGAGGAACUCUAGAGCUCUGUCAGAGUGAUCAUCGGUUUCUUGGUCCCCUCCCUGACCAAGUCCCUUGUCCCCCGAUAGCUCAGUUUGGCCUGGCGGCCAGCUCUAGGAAGAGUCUUGGUGGUUCCAAACUUCUUCCAUUUCAGAAUGAUGGAGGCCACUGUGUUCUUGGGGAUGCUGCAUGAAUGUUUUGGUACCCUUCCCCAGAUCUGUUUCUCGACACAAUCCUGUCUCGACGCUCUAACGACAAUUCCUUCGACCUCAUGGCUUGGUUUUUGCUCAGACAUGCACUGUCAACUGUGGGACCUUAUAUAGACAGGUGUGUGCCUUUCCAAAUCAUGUCCAAUCAAUUGAAUUUAUCCCAGGUGGACUCCAAUCAAGUUGUAGAAACAUCUGAAGGAUGAUCAAUGGAAACAGGAUGCAUCUGAGCUCAAUUUAAAGUCUCAUAGCAAAGGGACUGAAUGCUUAUGUAAAUAAGGUAUUUGUUUUUUAGGUUUAUUAGAUUUGCAAAAAUUGAUAAUAACCUGUUUUUGCUUUGUCAUAAUGUAUGUGUAUAUUGAUGAGGGAAAAGUUUUAUUUAAUCAGUUUUAGAAUAAGGCAGUAACCUAACAAAAUGUGGAAAAGGGGAAGGGAUCUGACUACUUUCCGAAUGCACUGUAUAUGACAUUAUAUGGCUGUGUUUAAAAGCAGACCAAUUCUGAUCUUUUUCCAUUAAUUGGUCUUUUGGCCAAUCAGAUCAGCUCUUUUGCCAAUAAAUGGGCAAAAGAUCAGAAUUGGUCUGGCUGUGUGCAGCCUAUGUGGUGAUAAAAUAGUGUUAGCAGUUGAAGUCCAAGACAGUUUCAUAACUGCACGUCCCUUGCUUUUGACCAAAGGUAACAGAAUGAGUUUAUCUAUAGCUCGUUUUACAGACAACGAUCAUAUAAUAUAUCACGUCAGCAACUUUUUAACAGUGACUUUGAAAUAUUCACCCACAUCACAAUCUAGGUAGCAGUUGUGAACAUUUCCAAUCCAAAGCCAAAAAUAUGGGACCAAAUAAACACUCCACCAGCUGGUCACCUGGCUUGAACCCAUUAUUGUCUGUAGUUUCAAAAGUUUACAAGGUUUACAUUUUUUUUUUAAAAGGAAAAAAAAGGUCAACAAUGUGUCAACAAAUUGAACUUCCCCUGCUCAAACAAACUGUCCCCUCAUAUCUACAUUUCUUCAACCUGGCUGAUGCUAGUAGGCCAGUGUUUAAGAGAACUAUGUCAGUGUUGUAACUGAAUGAAAAGCACACAGUUUUUGAAAAUGUAAUAUUUGCAGCACAGGGGGGCAUUUUCUCCCUGUCUAGUGUCAAGUUGGCUGUCCAGGAUAGACAAUGCACCCUGGGAGUGGGGACUGAGGUUGAAUGCUCUAUUAUGUUACACUUCAGCUGAGGCUCAGGCCAGACUACCGCAUUUGGGGCACUGACCUCCGGGCAUUUAUAACGCUAUUCUACACAUUUGUCAUGAGGCUAAUACAUUUUUUUGCCGUUUUAAA